AUGGCUCCAUCUCGAACGCCACCUUCUUCGGAUUUAACUGCAGAUGACGAAGAGGGUAUUGAUCUCACAACCCUAGAGAAACAGCAAUUAUCCCCUAUCAUCGAAAGCGCUCGCUGGAACCUUCUGCGUCACUAUCGCUCAAAAGGCGAGGUUCUCAACCAUGGUAAUUCCGAGAUGAAACUGCUCCCUGGCGACGGAAACAAGAAAGCUCUCCACGAUUUCGAAUUCGCGUGGAAAACCGCUGGGACAGUCCCGAAGAUCCACCUUGUCAACGAAAUUGAUCACCCGAUUACCAUCUGUGGCACCAAGCUGGGUCCCCAGGACCGUGGUCCAUCGGAGGCAAGGAAUAACGCGUUGGUUGCUUUGGACUAUAACGCAGAGGCGCUCAAGGAAGCCGUGUUUGGGUUGAAGCCCGCUAGGAAUUUGCCGCUGUGGAAAGGCCGUUUUGGUGCUGAAAAGUACGACAUUCAGGAGAUAGGCACGAUUUUCACCGUGGAUAUACCCAUCCAGUAUGUGCAAGGUCUACAGGAUCUAAAUGCAAAGAACAGCAAGGCGGAUAGUCUGGCGGAUGGACAGCCUGUGGAUGGUGGCUCCAAAGUCAAAGCGGGUUAG